AAAUGGACGACUGAAGACAAUCCUUCCAAAUUUUCAUUACAAUCUAGAGUCGCCUUCCAUCCGUCCAUCAUAUUGUGAUUCUGCCAUAGAUAUCCCUACUGAUCCAUUUCAGAUGGCCAAACGGCCACUAACAUGGUUCAUCACUGGAUGUUCUUCUGGUUUCGGCCUUGCAUUAGUACGAAUCGCCCAGGCACAGGGUCACUUCGUGAUUGCAACCUCCCGCAACCCUGGGCGAACACCGGAGCUCGUUCGUGAAGUGGAGGCCAAAGGCGGCAAAUGGUUGCAGCUAGAUGUCGACGAUCCCAAUAGUACGCGAGUAAUUGAAGAAUUGGAAAAAGAGGGACAUGCGAUUGACGUUCUUGUUAACAAUGCGGGCUUUGGCCUCUAUGGGAGCGCAGAACAGUUUUCGGAGGAAGAAGUGCGACGCAUGUUUGAGACGAACUUCUUCGGCCCAUAUCGAUUGACCCGAACAGCCGUACGACCCAUGCGCGAGAGGCGCUUCGGGAUCGUCGUCAAUAUUUCGAGCGCUGCCGCUGUGAGUCCCGUUCCAAGUAUGAGCAUCUACGGAGCGGCAAAGGCUGCCUUGGACAGUGCACAUAGGACACUCGCAGUAGAGAUGAAAGACUUCAAUGUUAGAGUCUUAUCUGUAGAGCCGGGCGUCUUUGAUACGUCCAUAAUUGGAGCGCUUCAGUUCCAAACACAGCCACUAGAAGCGGAUUAUAAGAACAAACCCAUAGAUAUGAUGCUUAGUCUACAAAAGUCUAAGAGCCAUAUACCUGAUGGAGAUACGAAAAAAGGCGUUGAGGCUAUCUACGAAGUAGUCGUUGGUGAAGGUGUGGGUACGGGCCACGAAAACGAGCCAGUCCUUCCGCUCGGUCGUGAAGCAUACCAAAUGUUCCAAAACCACAUCACACAGUGGAAGCAGACAAUGGAUGUUUUUGGUCAUAUCUGUAAUAAUGUUUACGUGGAUCGGCAAGAGACGGAGAAGAAGGGUUGAGUAGUUCCCACAUAUGAUACUGUCAGGUUCGCUAUGUUCAUGCCUUAGGCGUGAGUGUAUUUAAUCGUUAUGUGUUGGUAGUUCAUUUCUGCACUCCUGAUUUCGCCGCACUUUUAGUUCACAUCUCAAAAAAUCCCACGAAAUCCGCCGAGUAGGAGUAACGUACGAGAUCCGGGGGGCGCAGUCGUCGCUUUGAUGGGUAACGGCCGAUUGCAACUACAGAUCCG